GACGCAACGGGGAUAUCCGAUGUCUUCUCUGAUACCGUGGGUCGGAGGGCGGGGGGUGUUCGACCCCUUCUCCGUGGAUCUGUGGGACCCCUGGAGCACCGGGAACUGGUUAUGGGACACCUCCGGUAGGCGCACCGCCGGCAGCGACGAGACCUCCGCCCUCGCCCGCACCAACGUCGACUGGCGGGAGACCGCCACCGCCCACAUCUUCACCGCCGACCUCCCCGGUGUGAGGAAGGAGGAGGUGAAGGUGGAGGUGGAGGACGGGAACGUGCUGAGGAUUAGUGGAGAGAAGGUAAAGGAGGAGGAGGACAAGACGGACACGUGGCACCGGAUGGAGAGGCGGAGGGGAAGUUUCACGCGACGCUUCCGGCUGCCGGAGAACGCCAACAUGGAUGAUAUAAGGUGCUCGCUGGCGAACGGUGUGCUCACCGUCACGGUUCCCAAGAAAGAGGUCGCCACCACUCGCAACGUGAGAGCCAUAGAGAUAGCCUAAGAAUAAGUUUGCCUCCUAUGUAUGUAUGUAUGUAUGUAUGAAGAAAGGAGAAGGUUGGUGGGAGAGUGUUGCCUGCUAUGGUAGUAUAUGGUUUACGUGCCUUGAGAAAUUAUGUUAGGUUUAAUGGUCGGGUCUAGUUUCUAUUAAGAAAAUAUGGUAAAGAUCUAGUUAGCCUCUAUCGUGUACUAGUUCUUUUGUACUGUGUUUCAUCUUUGUUGUGAUAUGUACGUGGUAUAAAUAAUGGAAGGUUUGCAAAUGGGAAGAAAAAUAUAAGCUAGAUGUGUACGG